AAGGCUACAAAUUUCAAUUACAAGCUCUAAUGUGUGUCCUGCGCGCUCUGUAACCCGUGUCAGUCCUUCCUGGCCCGCCAGACGAGGCAGAUCUUGCAACAAGAAAGGGGGGAGUGAAGGGAAGAAGCUGCACAAGUUAUCCAAGUGCUGGGAGAAAUUUAUUAUUUUUGGGGAGAGUGGGACAGAACAUUGGGGGAUUCCAUGGAUUCUCACAGUGCUGGACUCUGAUCCCUGGCCAGUUGUCAUAGGUUAUCCUGGUGUCUAUGCUGAGCCCAGAGCUUUGCUCUCAGUCUAGAGGGUGGCUGUGUUCAGGGCUGGCUGUGGGAUUCAGACUGGGAGUAGAGGAGAACCGUCGGCUGAGCACACAGAGGAGGCAUGGCAGACAAGAGAAGGUCCCCCUGCACUAUGAGUCUCAAGGCUCACGCUUUCUCGGUGGAGGCUCUCAUUGGGGCUGAGAAGCAGCAGCAGAAAAAGAAACGCAGAAAGCUGGAGGAUGGACCCGGGGAGAGGGGCUUGACGGAGGGAUCUGAUCUGCCCCCUGGACAACUACAGCCAUCCGGUGCCACCGAGCUGGAUCACUCUGUGUGCAACUUGCUUGGGUCCUCUCCCAGUGAGGAUGCCUAUGGUCCGGCGAAGGCAGCUGCUGGCACGUGUAGCUCUCCCAUGUCCUCCCCGGUGAUGGCGGCCCCCGUGGUAGCUCCUCCUGUGGCCCGCGUGGACCUGCAGGGUGCAGAGCUGUGGAAGCGCUUCCAUGAGAUUGGCACCGAGAUGAUCAUCACCAAGGCCGGGAGGAGGAUGUUCCCAGCCAUGAGAGUGAAGAUCUCAGGGUUGGAUUCACAUCAGCAAUAUUAUAUCGCCAUGGAUAUUGUACCGGUGGAUAAUAAGCGAUAUCGCUAUGUGUACCAUAGUUCAAAGUGGAUGGUAGCUGGUAAUGCAGAUUCCCCGGUACCCCCACGUGUGUACAUCCACCCAGACUCCCCUGCGUCAGGAGAGACCUGGAUGAGGCAAGUGAUCAGCUUUGACAAGUUGAAACUUACUAACAACGAGUUGGACGACCAAGGCCACAUUAUCCUUCACUCAAUGCAUAAAUACCAGCCACGUGUCCAUGUCAUACGAAAAGAUUGUGGUGAUGAACUUUCGCCAGUGAAGCCUAUUCCUUCAGGAGAAGGGGAGAAGGCAUUCUCAUUUCCAGAAACCAUAUUUACUACUGUUACGGCAUACCAAAAUCAACAGAUAACAAGAUUAAAGAUUGACAGAAAUCCAUUUGCAAAAGGAUUUAGAGAUUCAGGACGUAAUAGGAUGGGAUUAGAAGCUCUGGUUGAGUCGUAUGCCUUUUGGAGACCAUCGCUUAGGACUCUCACAUUUGAAGAUAUACCGGGAAUCCCAAAACAAGGUGGUCCUGGAACAUCUUCCUUACUAUCAGGAUCUGGAACUAACCAUCCUCAUCUUCUGCCUGGUUCACCUUGCUCCUCUCCUGCCUUCCACCUUAGUGCGAACACCAGUCAACUCUGUGGACUUUCUCCAGCAGAUUAUUCAUCUUGUGGGCGAUCUGGCCUUGCACUUAACAGAUAUAGCUCUUCAUUAGCUGACACUUACAGCAGACUUACAAACUCUUCAAGUGAAACAUUUGCCACUCCAAGGACCCCUUCAUAUGUUGGGAUGACAACCUCUUCAACAGUUAACAUGUCCAUGGCUGGAAGUGAUAGUGAUGCUUUUGGAUGUCCACAAACAAGUUUAUCAAUGCAAAUUUCAGGAAUGUCUCCUCAGCUCCAGUACAUCAUGCCUUCUCCAACAAGUAAUGCGUUUGGUAACAGCCAGACCCACCAAUCACCCUACAAUGCAUUUAGACUACACAGCCCUUGUGCUUUGUAUGGAUACAACUUUUCUACAUCUCCAAAACUGGCCUCUAGCCCUGAAAAAAUUGUCUCUUCACAAGGAACUUUUCUGGGUUCUUCUCCAAGUGGAACUAUGACUGAUCGGCAAAUUCUCCCUGCUGUGGAGAGUGUGCACCUCCUCGGUAGUGCAGGACAACAAAAUUUCUUUGACUCUAGAAGCCUGGGGAGUUUAACUUUGUCUUCUUCUCAAGUAUCUGCACAUAUGGUUUGAUGGAGUGUGCAUUACAAGCACAUUUUAAUUUUAAAUAACAAACUUUAUUUUCUUAUAUUUUAUGAAAAAUGCACUAAAUGGCUCCUGAUAAUCAUUUUUUCCCAUUUCAGUUGAAUUUCACACAUAUAUGUAAAUGUUUUCAUUCACUAAUAGAAUUAAGGCUAUUCAAAACUGAAUAAGGUGAUUUUCAACAAGAUGGGUAAACCAACUUCUUUGUUUUCACUUAUUUACUGAAAGGCUUCGGUAAAAAUAUAUAUAGCAAUGUUUUUUUUCCUCUCUGUUGGAGAGUGGUACAAAAUUUCAUAGCACUGUGGAAAUUAAUAAAUAUAUAUCUGCAAACGCUUUCUACAAAUACAUUUCAUCCUUAUGUCUUUCGGUACUUUGAUGAGGUCUUUAUUGUUCAAUGGCCUUAUUCUGGUAUAAAAUUCCAUAUCAUUAAUAGCAAUUAAAAUAGACUACUUAAAGCAAUGGGUUUUCAGAAUUAUUCCAACAAUUGUUUGUGGCUUUAUUUAGGAUUGUAAAUACUGUAAAAAAAAAAAAAAAAAA